AUGGUGCGCCAGUUCCACGAUGGCAUGAUGGCGCGAGUCACGGACAAUGGAGCUGUCUCAGAGGCAUUCGCAGUGACCAACGGAACGAGGCAGGGCUGCGUCCUCGCGCCUACCCUCUUCAGUCUCAUGUUCUCUGCAAUGCCAGUGGACGCCUACCUUGACGAAAGCCCUGGCAUCCGCAUCACCUACAGCGUGGACGACCAACUCCUUAAUCAUCGGCGGAUGCACUUCCAGUCGCGUGUAUCCACAACUACCUUCCACGAACUUCUCUGA